AUGAGUUUGCCUUAUACUCCCGAGGCUAGAAAUCGCAAAAAUAAAGAAGAUUUUAUAGUGGUUUGGUAUGAUAAGAAUGUUCAUGAAAAUCAACACGAUGAACUACGAUCUAAUCUUCGUGAAAUUAAUGAUUUCUGCUUAUUUUUCUCGUUAAAAAAUGAAUGCGUUGAUUAUAUAAAAUCAGUGAAUAUUAAAGAAAAAAUUCUUUUAAUUAUAUCUAAUAAAUUUGUAACUGACAUUUUAUCCACUGAAAUACAUUCACUUCGUCAAAUUGAUUCUAUAUUUGUAUAUGGCACUAUUGAACCAUCAACAUCAGCAUCACUCAUGGAACAAUAUUAUAAACUAUUAGCUAUUGUUAUCACACAAGAAGAUCUUAUUGAUAAUAUUAGAAAAACAAUUCUUGAGUUGACAAGACAUUCAGAAUUAUUUAAUUUAUAUAAUCAUAAACAAAAAUCAUUGGCUAAUUUAAACGAAAAAUCAGCAGCAUUUCUAUGGCCUCAAUUAUUUAAACACAUUCUUAUUGAUAAUACUCAUACGUCUCAACAAGAUGACAAUAGUCAGGAAGAUGCCAGAACACUGAUGAUACAAAAAUGUCGUGAGUAUUACCGUAGAAAUAAAGCACAACUAAGAAAUAUUGCUGCUUUUGAAAUGGAUUAUAAAUCGGCAGACGCAAUCAAAUGGUAUACAAGUGACACAUUCGUCUAUAAACUGAUUAAUAAAGCUUUGAGAAGUGAAGAUAUUGAAGUUCUAUACACCUUCCGUUUUUUUAUUGUUGAUUUAUGUUCAAAUCUUGUUGAAGAUCAUAAGAUAAUUGUUGAAUGCGAAAUUCAAAUACCGGAAGUUUACCGUGGCAUGCAAAUGGCAUACAAUGAUAUAGACAAUCUUAAGCAAAAUAUUAGACAUUUAGUAUCGGCAAAUAGUUUUUUAUCUACAAGUCGUAAUCGAAACGUCGCAAAAAAGUAUGCUGGUAGUGGUAUUAUCAAAUGCAAACGGCGAGGUGAUUUGCAUGCCGUCAUUUUUCAAAUUGAAAUUCCAGCGGACCUCAAAUCGAUUUAUUCCGAUAUUUCAUAUGCAAGUAAAAUGAAGGAUGAAGAAGAAGUUUUAUUUGAUUUGGGAACAACAUUUGAUAUAGCGGCUGUCGAAUAUGAUGAAAAAGAAGAGAAUUGGAUUAUUCGAUUAUUAGCAACAGAUAAAGGUCAUGAAAUGAUUAAACAUUAUCUUAAUUAUUAUAAAGAACAAAUAAGAAGUACGACAUCUAGUGGUAUACUCGGCGAAGUUUUGAUCAUUAUUGGUCAAUAUGAAAAAGCUCGUAAUUAUUUUCACGAUCUCAUUCAGUUGAAUAAUCAAGAUUAUGCAAACAUUUUUUAUAAUCUUGCUUAUAUACACAAAUGUCAAGGAGAAUAUGAAGAAGGUUUAAACAAGUUAAAGCAAGCUUAUGAUAAAGAGGCGAAUAAAAGUUCACCUAGUAAAUCCAUGCUAGCAGCUAUUUUAGACGAUAUUGGCUGUAUUCAUAUAUGUAACAAUGAUUAUGAUCGAGCAUUAGAGUAUUUUCGAAAAGCUUUAAAAGAACAAAUAACGCCGUCGAUUUUCAAUAAUAUUGGUUUGACGUACAUGUACAAAGCUUCAAACAGUAGUGUAACCAAACAGGCAAAAGUUAAUUUUAAACAAGCAUUGAAAUACCUUAACAAAGCUUUAACAUUGCACACGCAAACAUGGCCCGAUGGACAUCCCGAAAUGGCUGUUACACUUGAUAAUAUUGGACGUGUUUAUAAUCGAAGUGGAAAGUACGAUCAAGCACUUGAUUAUUUUUUGAAAGCAUUAAAUAUGAAAGAAAACGUUUUGCCGGAUGACCAUAUGGAUAUUGGUAUUAGUUCAAAUAAUGUCGGUCUCAUGUAUGAUAAUAAACAUGAUUAUUCACAAUCAUUAAUCUAUUAUCAAAAAACAUUACGUAUCUACGAAAAAUGUUUACCUGAAAUUCAUCCUGAAAUUGGCACUACUCUUGAUAAUAUGGGCCUAGCUUAUGCCGGACUAAAUGAUUAUGAUCAAUCAUUAAAUUACCAUUUGAAAGCAUUGCAGAUCAAAGAACACGUGGAGAAAAUUGAUUCUAUAUCGUUGUCUUCUACAUUCAUACAUCUUGGUAAUGUAUAUACGCAUCAAUCGAAUUAUGCACAGGCGUAUGAUUAUUUAAACAAAGCUUUGAAUAUCCACACACAAAAUGGUUCGUUAGAAUCUUCUGAAGGCGGGAAGCUUUUCGUUCAUCUUGGACAGAUGUACAAUUAUAAACAUGAAUAUCUUCAAGCAUUUGAUUAUUACAUAAAAGGAUUGAGAAUACAAGAACGAGUUCUUCGACGUAAUCAUCCUGACAUACUAUUAACACGAAAGUAUCUAAUUAAUCUUAAACAAGAAAUUAUCAAUUAA